CCCUAAUGCUAAAACUCUAAUCAUCAUAUACUAAAAAAAAGUAAUUUUUGUAUAUAUACAUUUUCUCUUUUCUUUUUAGCUACCCAGUUAAAUUAAAAUAAUUAUUAAAAAGAAAAUGCAGGAAAACCCUAACGAUUUAAACACCGUCAAACGUUAUGCUCCUCCUAAUCAAAGGACUCGGUCUAUUGGAAGGAGGAAAUCUGGAGGAGGAGAUAGAUUGGAACGUGCAGGUAGUUAUGGAAAUGACGGAGAUAAAAAUCAAGCUGCUGCCUUAAGAAAUGCUCCCGCCUCAGAUCACGCAGAUCCACCACGGCUAAUUGGCUUGCAAGGAUGUAGUGAUGGUGAAGCGUAUCAACUUCUGAACAACCGUUGGGCAUCUGCUAUGAACGCAUAUGAAAAUCCGUCAACUGAUUUGGCAGAGCGGCCGGUUAUGUACUCAGGAAACAUUGCAUCGGCAUGGGGGCAAUUUCGACUUCCUCAUCAGAUGAUUUUCCCGACUCCUGGAGUUGGACCUUCGGGACCUCAGAUUGAUUUCAUAAGUGAACUCAGGCAGGCAAUGCAUAAUUCAAAUGCCCAGUUUUGACAAGUAACCAUGAAUUGUGGAACAGAGUUGGGCCUGUUGUAUUUGUUCUUAGAAUUGGCUCUGCUGAAUUUAGAUCCAUGAUGAAUAACCGUUGCAUGUGUUCUUAACUUAAGCUCAACUGAAUUUAGAUCAAUGAUCAAUUACUGUUGUAUGUGUUUUCAACUGUAGCUUUGCCCAAUUUCAUAUAUCCGGAUUCAUCUCUUUUUGCUGGAAAA